AUGGAGGUGAACAGUGCGGGCACAGCGGUCAUCCCAGUGGCCUCAAUUGAGAAACACCAUCAAGCACCUGUGGGAAGGGAAGGGGGAAGCCAGUCGGUGGGCAAAGAACUUGUGACAGCUGGAAUCCAGGAUCUCUCUUGGAACUCGUGUGUUCAAGAUUGUAAAAGUCGGUUCCAUAUAGAUAUUCCACUUGAGUGGAACCAGUGCCACCCUGAAGCCCAAGGUGGUGGCGAAGACAGGCCUGGUGGCUUUCAGAAGCAGUGGAAGAGCACAGAACCAGACAGCGACCAGGUCUGCUUCUGGGGACACAUCAACCUUACACCAUGUUGCUGGAGUCACUUUUUCUUGAAGAUGACAGACAGACAAAAUCCUUCCGUAGCUGAAGGAAGAAGUCUUCUGGUAAGUAAAGGGAACUUAGUCCAGGCUGAGUUUGGGGAGCCAAGACUCAAUUGUAGAGGGGGAAGUUGUGAACAGCCCGCCUGCCUCAGACAUACAAGACUUGACCAAUUUUGGUCCCCAGGAGCCCAGGGGCUUUGCAUGUGGGGGCAGGCUGGAGAGAGGCAGAGCUCCUCACCCAAAGGUCUUCACACUCCGCAAGUCGCCAGUACUUGUAAUAACACCCACGGCACGGGAGAGAUUCAGAAGCAACUUCUUCAGGGCCAAUAA